UGCUGCGACAACUCUCUAGUCUCAAGAUCUGCGCUGGGCUCGAUCCGUUACGAUUCUACCAGCUUCCUACUGAAUACUGCCUGGUAAUCUCCGCUGAGGAAAUAAAUACUUUCAGCAGUAAUUGUGAAAGGCACCUCUGUUCUUUCGAGUGCCGCGCUUCAAGCCAGAAUCACUGAGCGCAUUCUGCACGUGCAUGCAGGAAGAAUAAUAAUCGAGCACCGACCCCAGAAGCAGUGGGCGAACAAGGAAACAGUGUCCAUACAGACUAGCUGAUCGACUGUGGCGUUCAUUGACAAGCGACCUUAGACCUGCACAGAUAAAUGAUGACAGUCUGCAGCAGAUAAUCGCAAACUUAUCACAUCUAAACAGUGGCAAUUCGGAUACUAGUGAUGCGUGGAUGGACUCAUUCCUCUCACCUGUAAACAACAGUAACGACACCAGCGGUGAAAACAUGGCGAACAAGGGAACCAAGGCAGGAGCAGCCAAACACUCUCAGUCAUCCAGUAAAGGAAAAUCGUUGCCAAGCAAUGCACCAGUGACUGUUGAAAGUGAGAACGACUCUGGUGUGGAAAAUGAUAAGGAAAGCUUACCCGAUUGUCACGAAGUGUAUGUCAAGGUUUGUUACCGUGGAAGUCCAAUGGCUGGCAUGAAGGUGGACAACAGGCUAGGCUGCCGCAUAUUCUUCGGUCCGUGUGUAGCCAGCUCUGGCGUCAGCGAGGAGGAACAUGCACGCUUGUUUGGCGGUCGGCAUCUCACGCAACUGUCUCUGCCUCCGCCAGGACAAGCGCAGUCCAUUCUGCCUUCCAUAUGGUACCUCCUGGACUCGCUGCAGCGCGGAAUCAUUUUGGAGGUGAUCAGUAAUGACAUCUAUGCUACACGUCUGUGUCAUGCCAAUGUCUACUGGGGAGCACCUGCACAUCUGGGUGACACCUGCGCUUUAGAACGGGGCGUGCGAACGCGCAUCUUCAACUACCAGCUAUUCCUGCAAAUAUACAAGCACUUCCGAGAUGACCCGGACAGGACGGCCCUAGCGUCCCAACCUCCAGCACCGAGUGUUCUACUGGGAGUUGGUCAACCGUGGGGUCCAGAGAGGCAGCUGGACAAUAACUUGGUGAUGAUCAGUGUAACCCAUUGCCUGGCGGAGCACUUGAUGGAACUACUGCACCGCCACCGCUGGGAGACACAACGUCCGUUUGACACCGACUAUCUGAUGAUCGAUCUCAUGAACGACGAUGACAAGCUGGCAAUGGCCAAGACCCGCUUAACCUUGGAUCGCCUAGGGUUGGAGAAAGACGAGCACCGAGCUGAUGCAGCCAGUACAGAUGCCGCUGGAAAACUGACCCCAUUAAACUUGAGCUCACUGCCAGUGGGUAUGUAGGUCAACGGCAUGGUGUCGUGGCUGUGAUAUGCCAUGGCUGUGAUAUGCCAGGGAUAUCCAGGACUUUCAAAGCUGUUCUCUUUACUGUUACACAUGGUAUCCAGCUGAUCACAUAGUCCAAGUUCAUUUGAAACUCCAAGUUCCUUUGAAACGCUUUGACGCUUGAUACUGCAUUCUGAAAGAUAUGAUUUUUUUGUUGCCCAUUUCAUCUGAGAAGUUCUACCACGUGUGCCUGAGACACUUAUGCUGGAAGUGAAAUGCUUAUCUAUGCUGCUACCCGUUGAAGAAAGACUGUGCUGAUAUGCUUGAGAGUUUUGUACAAAGUUGUAUUCAUAGCCUAUGGUGAAAGUCUGUUCAGCUACUUCGCCUGCCUUGUUGAUGCCUUGCUGAUGCCUUGCUGAUGCCUUGCUGAUGCCUUGCUGAUGCCUUGCUGAUGCCUUGCUGAUGCCUUGCUGAUGCCUUGCACAUCUCUAGUUCUGCGUACUAUACAAGAUCCAAAAACAGAAAUUCCAGCUCACAGUCAUCA